CAUCAACUCGAACUUCGACUAAGUACGACGUUGGAUCUUUGACAUCCCUUCUAUUGUCUUGUCGAGCGACAAAUACGCGACUUGGCUCUAAUGGCGCCUGGUCGAAUGCACUUCACAAAGCAGGAUGACGACCAUUUACUCGAGUACAUUGCAUUGAACUGUCCACAAGAGAAAGGCCGUCAAGGGCCUGCACUGUACAGAAGGUUAACCGAUAAUACGAGAACAUGGCCCUGGGCAAAGAAUCAUCCAUCUCAGUCCUGGCUUCAACGAUACAGAGAUCGCAAAGAAUACUUUGACGAGGCUAUAUACAAGUAUCUCGUGAACAAAGCGCGGCAGGAAGGUGUUGAACCACCUCCUAAGCCCACUCGCGACCCGACGGCAUCGCCAGUCAAGACUCAGCGAAGGCCCUUCUCGGAGAACGAAGACAGAAUGCUCAUGCGAUACCUCGCACGAGCAGCACCUACAAAGACGAAACGAAGCGGAAAUGCUUUAUACCAGAUUCUCGUGGGUCAUCCGGAACUGUAUCCGUGGGCCCAAACACAUCCGUGGUCUUCGUGGCAACAGAGGUAUAAGAAGAACGAAGAGUGGUUUGACGAGGCGAUUAAAAGGUACCAGCGGCGGAAGGGUAUAGAUCCUAAUCAGGCUGCGAAGGCCGUGACCAAGAAGGUCUCCACUGGCAAGGCAGCCGCAAUCCGCAAACGGGCUCCUAUCAAGAAGGAGGUCAAUUCAGAGGGCGAGGACAGGAUUGCGCCCGCACGUAUUGGGGCGGCGUCGAAACGGAGGCGGAGUCCAGAGCAGAAUGACCAACCUGCCCACAAGAAGAGACGACUCAAUGGAUCUGGUGGCGAGCCAUCUCGGCCAACACGACGAGCCAUGACACCUGCAGAGAUUGUCGCAUUGAGACAGGAAGAAGAGGAAGAGUCUCAGGUUCUUGAUAUCCCUUCCAAUCACCAAGCGAAUGAACUACCACCUGCUCGGAGACAGCCACCACCAGUGAAUGCGGAGGCGGGUCCAUCAACAUUGAGAUCCGGGCGUCCUUUGCGUUCAGCACCCGAUGACGAUUACUCUCAGGAAAUAUUUGACAGAGAGAGUAGCGUGGAAAGUGAGCAGGAGGAAGUGGAAGCGGAGGUGCGGCCGAUUGAAGAGCAGGAGCAGGAGCCAAACAAGCAAAUUGACCAAAGUGCUCGAAGACGAUCUCCAACACUCGACUAUGUUGAUGUAGAGCCGGCAAGUCGCCCACAGCGAUUAUACCCAGAUCUUGCAAAUGCACCAUCUCCAAAUCUCUCCGGCUCUGCCAACGACAUCACGGGAGCCUAUCCCAGUACUUCCACUCCUCUGCAUACGGCUAGGCCACAGACCAAUACACAAGAGAGCCAAAUCAUUCCGACUCCUGACACCCUAGCUAAAUUGGCUGAAGAACAGAGAAUAGCAGAGGCUGGGAGGACGAAAGUCUCACAGGCUCCUACACCUCCUACAAGCCACGCCGCAAGUCCUCGAGCCAAUCAUCAUGCUCCGACACGUUCAAGGACUCCUCAGCCCCAAGUAGUUUCUGAAGACACCGCGCCUUCUACGAUCCGUACGACGGUGAAACGCAAACGUCGCCGGAUUCUUCAAACAAAAGAGGACUGGUUUGCGUCUUCUCCCGCACCAGAACACUCUAGAUCUGCGUCUCCUACUCCACGGAAGCGCACCGAACCUCAAAUGACUGACGGAGAGGAUGAAUUCACCACACCACGCUAUCAGGCAAGACGACCUCCCGUACUCGUCGAGGGACCGUUCACCACCGCGUUCACAGAUGCCCAGGGUGGCUCGAUGUUCGCAAGGGGUAAGAGGCGGCGAAGUGGUGUCGAUGAAGACAUACACGCAAGUGAGCCAGAAGAGGAAGGUCACGCACGACAAACGGGAGAGUCAUGGCCUCCGCAACGCUCAAAGACCAAGGGUAAGGAGAAAGCGACUGCUGCGCCUUUGGUAGGUGUCAAGAGUGCCCCAAGCAUCGUACAGCACCAUCCAUUCAGUCAACCCUCUCAGGCUCGUCUUCGAGAGCGUUCCCCUACCCCCCGGCCAUCGACUUCUCGACUCCCCGAUUAUCCGGUCCAACAGCAUCAUGACUUCAGCCAACCGACGCAAGUCCAGCAUAGGACUGAGGAGCCAGUUCUCCCUAGGAUAUCAGACACCCAAAGGGAAAACCUUGCUCGGGCUUUAGCUAUGCUCGCACGUCCACUCCAAAAAGCUGAGCUUGCACCACAGGAACUGGAGCAAGAACCGGAGUCGGUGCAUGAGCCUGAACCAGAGAUUCAAGCUGAAGAGGAAGUACUUCCGUCUGCUCCGCCAACAAGCUCUUCGGUAUUGGCCACCGCUGCUGUCACCAGUACAGAGGUUGAUUCAGAUCUAAGUGAAGACAACGCUGUGGAGAAUGCCCUAUUCCCACAGUCUGGGCUUUCGUCGAAUGCGAUAUCACAGGAAUCGCAAGUCGACAACAAUCUUAGGAUCUCUGAGUCUCAGAGCAAACGGUUGCAAGAUGCCUUGGCUAUGCUGAAAGGUGUUUCGAAGACCGUGGCUAAGGUCGUUUCCGUGGAGGAAGCCCACGAAGAACGACUCGUAGAAGACCGUGUCAACUCGGAGAUGGAAGUGGUACCAGAGUCCCCGCCGAUUGCAUCAGGGUCUGCCUCUCGCCGUGAAACACGGUCUCCUGAACGUCCUGCGUAUCGGUCGCCCACAGUGCUAUUACCUCCUCCUGGCGACUCCUCCAUUCGAUCGUCGCUCUCGAAGGGAAAACAACGUGCCAUCUUUCCUCCUCCGCCGUCUAUCAUCAAACAACGUACUGACAGACGUUAUACAUUGGGUGGCUAUGUAACUCAGGUCGAAGUUCAGCAACCUCGCGACAUGCUCAGAUCACGAUUCUCCAUGCCUACUUCUCGGAAUGAGUUUUUCUCUAUCUCACCUUCCCUAACCCCAACGUUCGAAGGGAAAGAGGUGGAAGGCAGAGACUUGACGCUCGCUAUGAACUUGGCCCUCAAGGCUAUAGCGAAGAAUCACGGUUUCGACGAAGAAGUCGCUCAUAGGAUUUGGAAAGCAACUGGGAAUCUGGAGGUGACUGAUGUGGCUUUGAAAAAGAUGAGAGAGAAUGCUCAAAAUGUUGGGCAAGGCGUCAUAGAGGAUUACCUGGAGAAGUCGACCUUCUCUGAGUAUACACCACUUCCGGGUACGAAGUCUGCGGCUGUGAGGUCGUUAAUGGAGGACCUGCUUUGAAACUUUGGCGAAGGGGCUUUGCUAAAGUUGCUAACGUGGCUCUAACCCAUCCACUUUUGACUCCCUGUCGGAGUGGUAUCGUUCCUUUUCAAUGUAUAUAAUCUAGUAAUCUACAUCACUAGCCCAUUCACAGAACUUAUCCCCAGAAUUUAUCUCACACAAUUGCUGGCAGGGGAUUCGAAGACUGCUAGUACUUACUGAAGUACCGAC